AUGCAGCUUAUAACCGUGUUACUCUUUUUUUUUACCCUCUCUUUGGCAGGACCCGUUGGGGCCCAGCCCCUACUCAUGGUGCCCAGAAGACCUGGCUAUGGCACCAUGGGCAAACCCAUUAAAUUGCUGGCUAACUGUUUUCAAGUUGAAAUCCCAAAGAUUGAUGUCUACCUCUAUGAGGUAGAUAUUAAACCAGACAAGUGUCCUAGGAGAGUGAACAGAGAGGUGGUUGACUCAAUGGUUCAACAUUUUAAAGUGACUAUAUUUGGGGAUCGUAGACCAGUUUAUGAUGGAAAAAGAAGUCUUUACACAGCCAAUCCACUUCCUGUGGCAACUACUGGGGUAGAUUUAGAUGUUACUUUACCUGGGGAAGGUGGAAAAGAUCGACCUUUCAAGGUGUCGAUUAAGUUUGUCUCUCGGGUGAGUUGGCACCUACUACAUGAAGUACUGACAGGACGGACCUUGCCUGAGCCGCUGGAAUUAGACAAGCCAAUCAGUACUAAUCCUGUCCAUGCUGUUGAUGUGGUGCUACGACAUCUGCCCUCCAUGAAAUAUACGCCUGUGGGGCGUUCCUUUUUCUCAGCUCCCGAAGGAUAUGACCACCCUCUGGGAGGGGGCAGGGAAGUAUGGUUUGGAUUCCAUCAAUCUGUUCGGCCUGCCAUGUGGAAAAUGAUGCUUAAUAUUGAUGUUUCUGCCACUGCCUUCUACAAAGCACAACCUGUAAUUCAAUUCAUGUGUGAAGUUCUUGACAUUCAUAAUAUUGAUGAGCAACCAAGACCUCUGACUGAUUCUCAUCGGGUAAAAUUCACCAAAGAGAUAAAAGGUCUGAAGGUUGAAGUGACUCAUUGUGGAACAAUGAGACGGAAAUACCGUGUUUGUAAUGUAACAAGAAGGCCUGCCAGUCAUCAAACCUUUCCUUUACAGUUAGAAAAUGGCCAAACUGUGGAGAGAACAGUAGCACAGUAUUUCAGAGAAAAGUAUACUCUUCAGCUGAAGUACCCACACCUUCCUUGUCUGCAAGUGGGGCAGGAACAGAAACAUACCUACCUGCCACUAGAAGUCUGUAAUAUCGUGGCCGGGCAACGAUGUAUCAAGAAGCUAACGGACAAUCAGACUUCCACUAUGAUCAAAGCAACAGCAAGAUCUGCGCCAGAUAGACAAGAGGAGAUUAGCAGAUUGGUAAGAAGUGCAAAUUAUGAAACAGAUCCAUUUGUUCAGGAGUUUCAAUUUAAAGUUCGGGAUGAAAUGGCCCAUGUAACCGGACGUGUACUCCCAGCACCUAUGCUGCAGUAUGGAGGACGGAAUCGGACAGUAGCAACACCAAGCCAUGGAGUAUGGGACAUGCGAGGGAAACAGUUCCAUACAGGAGUUGAAAUAAAAAUGUGGGCUAUAGCUUGUUUCGCCACACAGAGGCAGUGCAGAGAAGAAAUAUUGAAGGGUUUCACGGACCAGCUGCGUAAGAUUUCUAAAGAUGCAGGGAUGCCCAUCCAGGGCCAGCCUUGCUUCUGCAAAUACGCGCAGGGGGCGGACAGCGUGGAGCCCAUGUUCCGGCAUCUCAAGAACACCUACUCAGGGCUGCAGCUCAUUAUCGUCAUCCUGCCAGGGAAGACACCAGUGUAUGCGGAAGUGAAACGUGUAGGAGAUACACUUUUGGGUAUGGCUACGCAGUGUGUCCAAGUCAAGAAUGUAAUAAAAACAUCCCCUCAAACUCUCUCAAACUUGUGCCUAAAGAUAAAUGUUAAACUCGGAGGGAUCAAUAAUAUUCUUGUACCUCAUCAAAGACCUUCUGUGUUCCAGCAACCCGUGAUCUUUUUGGGAGCAGAUGUCACUCAUCCACCAGCUGGUGAUGGGAAGAAGCCUUCUAUUGCUGCUGUUGUAGGUAGUAUGGAUGCCCACCCAAGCAGAUACUGUGCCACAGUAAGAGUUCAGAGACCCCGACAGGAGAUCAUCCAGGACUUGGCUUCCAUGGUUCGAGAACUUCUCAUUCAAUUUUAUAAGUCAACUCGGUUCAAACCUACUCGUAUCAUCUUUUAUCGGGAUGGUGUUUCAGAGGGACAGUUUAGGCAGGUAUUAUAUUAUGAACUACUAGCAAUUCGAGAAGCCUGCAUCAGUUUGGAAAAAGACUAUCAACCUGGAAUAACCUACAUUGUAGUUCAGAAGAGACAUCACACUCGAUUGUUUUGUGCUGAUAGGACAGAAAGGGUUGGAAGAAGUGGCAAUAUCCCAGCUGGAACAACAGUUGAUACAGACAUUACACACCCAUAUGAGUUUGAUUUUUACCUCUGUAGCCAUGCUGGAAUACAGGGUACCAGCCGUCCUUCACACUAUCAUGUUUUAUGGGACGAUAACUGCUUUACUGCAGAUGAACUUCAGCUGCUGACUUACCAGCUCUGCCACACUUACGUGCGCUGUACACGAUCUGUUUCUAUACCUGCACCAGCGUAUUAUGCUCACCUGGUAGCGUUCAGAGCCAGAUACCAUCUCGUGGACAAAGAACAUGACAGUGCUGAAGGAAGUCAUGUUUCAGGACAGAGCAAUGGACGAGAUCCACAAGCUCUUGCCAAGGCUGUACAGAUUCACCAAGAUACCUUACGCACAAUGUACUUUGCUUAA